UGUCGUCUUGGUUCAGAGCCAACCAAUGUGGAGCGACCUGAGAGGCGGGACCCGGCUGUUGCCAGGGUUGGGUGCGCCAUCUGAACGGAUGGCCGAGGGAGAGGAGCGGCUUCUCAAGGAACCGUGGCCAGUUAUUUAAAGUAUUAUCGGGUGUGACCCAUUGGUGUCAAGAUGACUAAACUUGGAUUUUUGCGGUUGUCCUAUGAGAAGCAGGACACACUUCUAAAACUUCUCAUUCUGUCAAUGGCUGCUGUGUUAUCUUUCUCCACUCGUCUCUUUGCUGUCCUGAGAUUUGAAAGUGUUAUCCAUGAGUUUGAUCCAUAUUUUAAUUACCGGACGACUCGCUUCCUGGCUGAGGAGGGAUUUUAUAAAUUCCAUAACUGGUUUGAUGACAGAGCCUGGUAUCCAUUGGGACGAAUUAUUGGAGGAACAAUAUAUCCAGGCCUAAUGAUCACGUCUGCUGCAAUCUACCAUGUGCUCCAUUUUUUCCACAUCACUAUUGACAUCCGGAAUGUCUGUGUGUUCCUGGCUCCUCUUUUCUCCUCGUUUACCACCAUUGUAACAUACCACCUUACCAAAGAACUCAAGGAUGCAGGGGCUGGGCUUCUUGCAGCUGCCAUGAUUGCUGUAGUUCCUGGAUAUAUUUCUAGAUCUGUAGCUGGAUCAUAUGAUAAUGAAGGGAUUGCCAUCUUUUGUAUGCUGCUCACCUAUUACAUGUGGAUCAAGGCAGUAAAGACUGGUUCCAUCUAUUGGGCUGCCAAGUGCGCCCUUGCAUAUUUCUACAUGGUCUCUUCAUGGGGAGGUUAUGUGUUCCUGAUAAACUUGAUCCCUCUCCAUGUCCUGGUGCUUAUGCUAACAGGCCGUUUCUCCCAUCGCAUCUAUGUGGCCUACUGCACUGUUUACUGCCUGGGCACCAUUCUUUCCAUGCAGAUCUCCUUUGUGGGUUUUCAGCCUGUGCUUUCAUCAGAGCACAUGGCAGCCUUUGGAGUCUUUGGUCUCUGCCAAAUCCAUGCUUUCGUGGAUUACCUGCGUAGCAAGUUGAAUCCACAGCAAUUUGAAGUUCUUUUCCGAAGUGUUAUCUCUUUGGUAGGCUUUGUCCUACUGACUGUGGGAGCUCUCCUGAUGCUGACAGGAAAAAUAUCUCCCUGGACGGGGCGUUUCUACUCACUGCUUGAUCCUUCUUAUGCCAAGAACAACAUCCCCAUCAUUGCUUCUGUGUCUGAGCAUCAGCCCACAACCUGGUCAUCCUACUAUUUUGAUCUACAGCUCCUCGUCUUCAUGUUUCCAGUUGGCCUCUAUUACUGCUUCAGCAACUUGUCUGAUGCCCGGAUUUUUAUCAUCAUGUAUGGUGUGACCAGCAUGUACUUUUCAGCUGUAAUGGUGCGUUUAAUGCUAGUGUUGGCACCUGUUAUGUGCAUUCUUUCUGGCAUUGGAGUUUCCCAGGUGCUUUCCACAUAUAUGAAGAAUCUGGACAUAAGUCGCCCAGACAAGAAGAGCAAGAAGCAACAGGAUUCCACCUACCCCAUUAAGAAUGAAGUGGCAAGUGGGAUGAUACUGGUCAUGGCUUUCUUUCUCAUCACUUACACUUUCCAUUCAACCUGGGUGACCAGUGAGGCUUACUCUUCUCCCUCCAUUGUACUGUCUGCCCGUGGUGGAGAUGGCAGUAGGAUCAUUUUUGAUGACUUCCGAGAAGCAUAUUACUGGCUUCGUCACAAUACUCCAGAGGAUGCAAAAGUCAUGUCAUGGUGGGAUUAUGGCUACCAGAUUACAGCUAUGGCAAAUCGGACAAUUUUAGUGGACAAUAAUACAUGGAAUAAUACCCAUAUUUCUCGAGUAGGGCAGGCAAUGGCGUCCACAGAAGAAAAAGCCUAUGAGAUCAUGAGGGAACUUGAUGUCAGCUAUGUGCUAGUCAUUUUUGGAGGCCUUACUGGAUAUUCUUCUGAUGAUAUCAACAAGUUUCUUUGGAUGGUGCGGAUUGGAGGGAGCACAGAUACAGGCAAACAUAUCAAGGAGAAUGACUAUUAUACUCCAACUGGAGAAUUCCGUGUGGACCGAGAGGGGUCUCCAGUACUGCUCAACUGCCUCAUGUACAAGAUGUGUUACUACCGCUUUGGUCAGGUCUACACAGAAGCCAAGCGUCCACCAGGCUUUGACCGUGUUCGAAAUGCUGAGAUUGGGAAUAAAGAUUUUGAGCUUGAUGUCCUGGAAGAAGCUUAUACCACAGAACAUUGGCUGGUGAGGAUAUAUAAGGUAAAGGACCUGGAUAACCGAGGCUUGUCAAGGACAUAAAUGUCACAUCCAGUUCUGAUAUACUUUGUACUGAGCACGUCAUAUUUAGGACAUUGAAGAUUUUUUUAUAUGCAGUUUAUAAGAACAGAGCCGAAUGGGAUUAGAAUUAUCUUGAAGUCUUGCCCUGGACAGUAUGGGCUGGGCCAAUGGAAUGAUUUUUAUAAUUCUGAGCAAGUUACCAAAUGAAAUGUCAUGGCUUUACUUUGGUCAAUGAAAGGGGGGACUUUUUUUUUUUUUUAAAUGUGCCUUAUUUGUUUUGACUUAUGGCUGAUUUGAGGAAGGGAAACAUUUAUGCUGGGCUGAUAGAAGGACAUGCAACAUACCUUCUCAAUGCCUUUAGCUCCUUAAAUGAACCAAGUAGGGGCAUUCUUUCUUAUAUCAGGAAAAAUACCAAGGACUAGCUCUGACUCUACAUAUAUAAACAACUUUGUCAUACUUUCUGUAUUGUAGCACCCAGCACAAUGCUUGCACAUCGUGGGUGCUUAAUAAAUUUUUAUUGAAUGAUGAAUAAAUGUUUGUGGGACCAGAGGAGUGCUAUUUCUGGGCAGGAAAGUUAGUUUCCUUAUUAUUAUGUUUUUAUUCUCAGUGUCUCUUGUUCCUUAGUGGCUCAUUGACUUUAUAGGACAGAAAAUAGCUAGCAAGACCUGAUCUCACCAGAACUCUUUGGAUGAGGGUGAGUUUUUAAGAGGAGGAAUAAAAUGUGACUAAGCCAGCAAUGUUAAAGACUCAAACAGUGAAAUUAUUAUCAGUUGGGAGGAAGAAACUCCUCCAACAUUGUACAUAGAGCUUGAUGGUCAGCAGAUGUUACUGACUUGGCUUAAAUAUAACUAUACAUAUUAGUUUGAAAUUUAGCUUUUCAAUACUGUCAGUAAAUAGCUGGCUCUUUGCUUAUUGGCUUUAGACUUCUCAAAAACCAGUUAUUUAAAGGGAGCUUCUUAUUCUUAGUCUCGGGCUCUCUGUUUUUACAUGACCUCUUCUAGUUUGAUUGCCUGGUUUUGAAGGCCUUGCCAAAUAAGCUAAUUAGAAGAGGAGAUGCAUUAGAAGCAUUGACAUUAACAGUCAUCUUAAGAGCACUGCCAACCUGACUGCAAGACUGGUGUACAUAAACCUUAAGUCUUAAAAAAUAUACGGUACCUGUUUAGUUCAACAUACCUAAGAAAGCAGGGAGGAAUUGUGUGGCUUUUAGGUAAGUCACAGUGGUAUUCAUAAUGGAUAUAUUUGGGCAUACUUGGGUAUAUCUAAGGGUUUUCCCCUCCAAGCUAAUUUAUGUACGAUGUACUUCAAUUGUAAUUGACAUUUAGAUUUAAUAGAUUUGAUUUCCUCUAUGUAAAUACAUUACUUGAUUUAUAUACAGAAUUAUUCCCUAGUGAAAGGUUAUUCUGACUUUUUUUCAAUGCAGUCAAUACUAGAGAUCAUUAAUAAGCUUCCUCUGUAGUAUCAAUGAGAUUACCUUUGUUACAUAAUUCUCUUAGGAAUUUGUUACUUUCUAGUUCUACACAGAGCUAUCUUUUUAUAAAAUCUAGUUUUGUUUUCACUGUUAUAGUACAUUUAAUAUAAAAAAAUCAAUUCUAAACAGCAACAAUAGUUUUCCUUUCUUCACUUUCCAGCUACAACCACUUUCCAACUCUGCUGCUUCUCAUAUUCCCUCCAUAUCAUUAAAAUGACUUUACCUUA